UGGAGGCGGCGCACUGCGCAUGCGGGAAGAUGGCGGUCGCGGCUCCCUGAGAGUGCCCAGCUACCCAGUUCUCCUGCCGUCCGCGUGAUAACUCCCGCGGCCGUGGGCAGUGGCGCGUUCGUCCGCAGCCGGGCCCAGCCGGGGGCACCUCCUAACAGGCCGCGAGCUCUGUUCGCGCUUGGCUUCGGGAACGGCGUGUUGGGGGCGGUGUCCGACGCGACCCGGAGAAGGCGGGGCAACUCGCGGGGGGCGAGGGGCGGCCGGCCGGGCAGCAUGAGUCAGCAGCGGCCCGCGCGGAAACUGCCCAGCCUGCUCGUGGACCCAGCGGAGGAGACCGUGCGCCGCCGGUGCCGAGACCCCAUCAACGUGGACGGCCUGCUGCCAUCAAAAAUAAGGAUUAAUUUAGAAGAUAAUGUGCAAUAUGUGUCCAUGAGAAAAACUCUAAAAGUGAAGAGACCUCGUUUUGACGUGUCCCUGGUCUACUUAACUCGGAAGUUCAUGGAUCUCGUCAGAAACGCGCCGGGGGGCAUCCUGGACUUGAACAAGGUGGCGACCAAGCUGGGGGUGCGGAAGCGAAGAGUGUACGACAUCACCAACGUCCUGGACGGGAUCGACCUGGUGGAGAAGAAGUCCAAGAACCACAUUCGGUGGAUAGGGUCCGACCUCAACAGCCUCGGGGCCGCGCCCCAGCAGAAGCAGCUGCAGGAUGAGCUGUCCGACCUGGCCGCCAUGGAGGACGCGCUGGACGAGCUGAUCAAGGACUGCGCACAGCAGCUGUUCGAGCUGACGGACAACAAGGAAAACGAGAGGCUGGCGUACGUGACGUACCAGGACAUCCACAGCAUCCGCGCCUUCCACGAGCAGAUCGUCAUUGCGGUCAAAGCCCCGGCAGAAACCAGGCUGGACGUCCCAGCGCCCAGGGAGGACUCCAUCACGGUGCACAUACGCAGCACCAAGGGGCCCAUCGACGUCUACCUGUGCGAGGUGGAGCAGCGGCGCCCCCGCGGCCGGGCGCCUGAAGGUGCGGGGGGCGCGUCGUCGCAGGGCAAGCGCCCGGAAAACCCUGCUGAAGAAGAAACUCCUCCACAGCCGAGUGAAGAACUGCUUGAGGUGAGCAACUGAUGGGAGGACCCGAGGAGGCGUGCGCCGCGCUCUGGGGCGUCCCGUGGGCGGCCAGGCGUCCGGCGUGGUCCUCGGAGCAGUGCGCCCGCCCGCCCACGAGAGGUCCGCUCCCUCUCCGCCAGCAGCAGCAGCA